CUCUUCUCCCCGCUUCCGCAGGCAUCCAAUGCCAUUUAAUUGUGCCACGUUUCUUCAAUACGAAUUCAACUACCCAUAAACCUCACUCUCAUAUAACACCUGAGAUCAACAUCUUGGCCAACAGUUGGCGGUUUCCUGGAUUCGACCGCUUGUGUGACAACAUGUCUACAACAGACGAGUCCAAACCACCGUCGCUGAGCGCACUGGCUCGUAGUAACAACAUGAUCACAAUCGAUGUGGGCAUGGAGCACGCCAAGUACAAUGUAUACGCUGAGCUGAUCACAUACUAUUCGGGGUACUUCAAAGGCACACUGAAUGGCCAGUGGAAAGAAGCCGAGGACCGCGCAAUCGAGCUACCCGAUAUCGAACCCCGAGUUUUCGACAUCUUCAUUGACUGGCUCUACACACAAAACCUUCCCAGGAAGAGUGAGGACUGGAUUACGCCAACUCCGGAGAAUAAAGUAGGCUCUCAUGGCCAUGGCCAGCUAGCCGAGCGCUUGAUGAUGAAGUCGUACGUGUUUGCAGACCGAUUUCUUGUCCCGCAAUAUCGUGUGGCACUCUACAAAUAUUAUGCAAACUUUUGCAAUGUUGGAGGAAACCCGCCGUAUUACGAUGCGAUUAUCUACGCGUUCGAUAAUCUCCCUGCGAACAGUGCCAUAUUGACUCUGCUCGUUCGUACUCACUGUGCUUACUGGAAUGAGGGCAGCGAUACUGCAGACAACGGGGAGUUGGAAUUACGGCAAGACCUACCCCAGGACUUUUUCUUUCGAGUCAUGGCGGUGGCAGCCAAGAUGAGGGAUAAAGAAAAGGCCAAAGGUAUCGCGUGCUGCGACUGCCACAACGAGACAACGACGACGACGCGUGAGGGCUGCGAUACAUGUAUGCCAGUGCCGGAAGUCAAAGAAGAGGCAAACGCAGCAGAAGGAGACAACCAGGCCGAUGUGGCGCAGAAUAAUGGCAACGACCAAACCAAUGCAGCCACAACCAACGACAACAAUCAGGACCACCAAACCACUGCACAGGCUGAUCAAGACGGUGGCAAUAACGAACCAGGUGCAAGCAUAGAUCCGUCUAGCCUGACUGGCGGCAAUGAUCCAAUUGACCAGAAUUCUGACACGGGUGACCAAAAUGUCGAUAGCGAUCAGACAAAUGAAAUGGACAAUCAAGUAGUGCAAGACUAUCCAGGUGAUGGGAACAUCGCCGGUGGCGGACAGGCCCAGAUAGUUCCAGUGGAAACAGUUCAAGAUCAUGCGGAAAUCACGAAUGGGUCGGGAGAUGUCCCUAUCCAUGAAGAGAGAGCAGGCUCUUCUGAUAACAGCAAUAAUGUCACAGUGGAAACUUCUUCAUAUUCAGUUGACACAGGCUCAAAUGUAGAGACGAGCUCUUCGUCUCCACUGCCAGUCAGCGAGAACUCUCGACAGGACGAAUCAGCGAGCGGGAGCAUGGGCACGACCGGAGCUGAAAUGCUCCAAACAGCAGUAUAGUCUGCAGUUGACAUGAGUGUACCGGCCGCUUCAGAAUCACUACACGUUGCUUUAUCGGCCUGAGCAGAGUACUCUGGCUGUUAUGACGGCCAUGAUUAUGAACAGUGAUGGGGACAUGUCACUAACGGCCAACGAAGCAUACAUUUAUCGAGUUGUAGGUCAAAUCAAGUUGCUUAUCAAACGACUCAGCCAACUGCGUCCGAGAUAUGUGAUAGUCUGACCAUAGAUGCGGUAGCUUCUUGUACAUACUCGUAAAGACGCUGAGACUUGACUUAUUAUAGUGUAUUGAUAGAUUAUUACGCG